AUGGUCGGCGACAACUCCAGCAACGACACGCUGCCACGGUACGAACAAGACAGCCUCCUACCGCGGGCCGACAACAUGGCUCCCAAUACCAAAAAAGCUGCUGCCGAGUGCAUCUCUGAUGAUGCGCUGAUACACCUCAAGUCCUACAAGUAUUCGAGCGUCGACAAGUCUCCCGUGUCGAAAUAUAUUCUCGGUCCCUGGUGGAAUGCUUUUGUAAACAUUCUGCCGUUAUGGAUUGCCCCGAAUAUGGUUACCCUCUUGGGAUUCUUCUUCAUCCUGGGUAACAUUGGCCUGCUGGUCAUUUUUAUGCCCGACUUGGUUGGACCUGGACCGACAUGGCUAUAUUUCAGUUUUGCGUUUGGCCUGUUUAUGUACCAGACCAUGGACAAUGUUGAUGGCAAGCAGGCGCGAAGGACCGGCACAUCGAGCGGCCUCGGCGAGCUAUUCGACCACGGUAUCGACUCUCUCAAUUGCACCCUCGCCAGUUUACUCGAAACGGCUGCCAUGGGCUUGGGAACAUCGAAUGCUGGCAUCUUUACGGCCCUCUGCCCUUGCCUGGCCAUGUUCUUUUCCACCUGGGAGACAUACCACACCCACACGUUGUAUCUGGGCGUCAUUAACGGCCCUACCGAGGGCUUGCUUAUUGCAUGCGGCAUCAUGGUUGCCUCUGGGAUUUGGGGCCCUCAUAUCUGGACUCUGCCUCUUGCCAAUGCUCUGGGCGACAGCUUGCCUGGGCUGGCGCAAAUGCUUGGCCAAACGUCGUUCCGAGAUAUCUGGGUUGGCUUGAUCAUCUCGUCCUUGCUGGUCGGCCACAUCCCCUUCUGCCUGUACAAUGUCGCCUUGGCCCGCCAGAAGCAGGGCCUUCCCGUGACGCCCGUCUUUGCUGAAUGGACGCCCAUGGCCGUCUUUACGCUUGGAGUGGGAGCCUGGGUGUUCUCGCCGUAUAGCACCCUGAUGACGGACAAUCAUCUGGUCUUGUUCUGCCUGACCAUGUCGUUUGUCUUUGGCCGCCUGACAACCAAGAUGAUCCUGGCGCACCUGACUCGCCAGCCGUUCCCGUACUGGACGGUGAUGCUCGCACCACUUGUCGGCGGUGCGUUCCUCGGGAACCUGCCUCGGUUUGGACUGCCCCGGAUCAGUGCGACCGCAGAGCUGUACUACCUGUGGGCGUACUUUUUCUUCUCAUUGGUGGUUUACUUUCGCUGGGCGUAUCUUGUCAUCAACGCCAUUUGCGACUAUCUCGGCAUCAAUGCCCUGACGAUACCCAAGGAGAAGCAAAUCGCCAACAAACAGGCCCGAGACACCACGAAGUUGCAUUAA